AUGCGGAUCGUGGAUGACGAUGUGAGCUGGAACAGCAUCGCCGCCGCCCCGGAGAAGGAGGAGGAGGAGGACGAGGGGGACAUGCCUGUGGUGGCAGAGUUCAUUGAUGAGCGCCCCGAGGAGGUGAAACUCAUGGAGGAAUUCCGAACAAACUCCAAGUGGAAGCUUCUAGGAGACAAGGACUCGCAGAGUUCGGAUAUUUCGGGAUCUGCCAAGUCUGCCACGAGGCGGCGCCACGACUCCCCAGAGGCAGCGGGGAAACACAACGGCUCCUUUGACCCAUCCCCUCCCAGGAGACACCGUCACGACACCCCCGACCCAUCCCCUCCCAGGAGACAGCGUCACGACACCCCUGACCCAUCCCCUCCCAGGAGACACCGUCACGACACCCCCGACCCAUCCCCUCCCAGGAGACAGCGUCACGACACCCCUGACCCAUCCCCUCCCAGGAGACACCGUCACGACACCCCCGACCCAUCCCCUCCCAGGAGACAGCGUCACGACACCCCUGACCCAUCCCCUCCCAGGAGACACCGUCACGACACGCCAGAUUUGUCACCUCCCAGGAGACAGCGUCACGACACACCAGACUCAUCACCUCCCAAAAGGCAGCGUCGUGACACCCCAGAUCUGUCACCUCCCCGGCGGCGGCAGCGUCACGACACUCCUGACCCGUCAUCCCCCAGGAAACAGCGUCACGACAUGCCAGAUUUGUCACCCCCCAGGAGACAGCGUCACGACACGCCAGAUUUAUCACCUCCCCGGCGGCGGCAGCGUCACGACACCCCUGACCCGUCCCCUCCCAGGAGACGACGUCCUGGCACCCCAGAUCUGUCACCUCCCCGGCGGCAUCAGGACGUGUCACCUCAGAGAGAAAAGCCAGGGUCCCCGAGUGGGAAAAAGAGCCGAAGGAAAGGACGGACUUCUCCCUCCCAGAAGGAGCAGCACAGGUCACGGAGUCCCCCAGGCUCUCCCAAGAAGGCUAACACGAUGUCAUCCGGGGCCAAAGCCGGCCUGGUGUCGGCCGACGUGCUGCAGAGGGAAAAGCAGGAGCUGAGGAAGCACGAGAGGAGCACCAAGCACCUGGAAGAGGAAUCCCGGAAUGCUCAGACCGUGUUCCGAGACAAGUCCGGCCGCAAGAGGAACCUGGCCCAGGAGCAGCUGGAGCAGAGGCUGAAGGCUGAGGCAGAGGCCAAGAGAGAAGAACAGUAUGCCAAGUGGGGAAAAGGGCUGGCACAGGAGAGGCAGCAGCAGCAGAACGUGGAGGAUGCAGUCAAGGAGAUGCAGAAGCCCUUGGCCCGUUACAUCGAUGACCAGGACCUGGAUAGAAUGCUGAGGGAACAGGAGAGGGAAGGAGACCCCAUGGCUGCUCUCAUCAAGAAAAGGAAGGCCAAGGAGAACAAGGAGAAAGAAAAGCCCAGGUACAAGGGACCAGCACCUCCACUCAACAGGUUUAACAUCUGGCCCGGGCAUCGCUGGGAUGGUGUGGACAGGUCCAACGGGUUCGAGCAGCAGCGCUUCGCCCGCAUUGCCAACAAGAAGGCGGUGCAGGAGCUCGCCUACAAGUGGAGCGUGGAGGACAUGUAGGGAGAGCUCCUGCAGUGACCCACAGGCACCACCUGCUGCCAGAGCCCUGAGGAAUGGCUGCUGUCCCUGG